UUCUCCUACGAUUACGUCUUCGACUGGAACAUGCUCAAAUUUGGUGCCAGUCGAACAGCUGAGGACGGGGAGCGGGAGCGAGAGCGGAGGGCGGGAGAUGACGAGCGGGUCGCAGGGGCCCCCAGAGUGUCGGCAUCGCGGGGCCUCCCACCGGGGCCCCUCCCCGCAGCUGCCAACAGAGUGAGGAACGGGCCGGAGCAGGCCGUCUCCAACCCCGCCUCGCGGGUGCCGCAGUCCGGGAACACGUCGCCUCGUGCCAUCUCUCGUGCGGAGAGGGAGAGGAAGGUGAGCAUGCGGCUGCACCGCGGAGCCCCCGCAAACGUGUCGUCCUCUGACCUCACAGCCCGCCACGACGCAUCCAGAAUCUCCACAUCACAGGUCAGCGUGCCAUUUGAGCACUUGGGGAAGUAGGGUUCUUUGGCUCUGCAUGCACAUGAAACUGACAGGUAUAUUCAUCGCUCCCAUUUCAUUUUGUUCCUUUUAUUUUGACCUUGUCUUAUGAAAAGAUGAUUGCCAAUGGACCCAUGGAUCUUAGGAAAUGGACAUAGAUUUCUUUUAAGGAUCCAGGGAAGUUUGUGACAGUACAAGUCUUUUUGCUGAAGCGUGGACCACCACCACCAUUCAGAAAGCAAACACUCCUUCACCAUUUUGACUCCAUGGUUCAUCAUACCCUGCCACUCCUCAAAACAUUUCCCUCUGUACCUUCUGUCUGACAAAUGUGAAGAGCUGUUGGCGUCAAAGAAGCAAAAAGUAAUCGGGGACGUGCAUGUUUCUCGUCAAAGGUCAUCUUAGUGAUUGAUAUAGGCUUAGUAACGAUUGCUUUUUCAGCUCAACACCGCAAAAACGAUUCUGUGUAUGUCAUAUUUGUAUCUUUCGUGAGGAUAUCACAAAUUGGAGCUCCUUUCUUUGCUUUGAGAGAAAUGACAGCUAAAAAUGAAGAAGUGAGGAGAGGCAGGUGAGAGGGUAGUGGACUAAAGGAGAGGUAGCUCUGAAGAGGAUCAGUAAGUGAUGUUUUAGCUGUAAGGUUUCCGGUGAAGUAGCAUAUGGUGCUUGCUCGCCCUUCAUCCACGUCGUGAAAACUCGGCCACCAAAACCUCCACAACCCCUUAAUUUGCCUGUUUUUUUGUUUUAAAUGUGAGCCGGGUAAGGUGAAGAAGGACCAUAGAUAUUGCAAAGACACACUCCACGUCUUGAGGGAAGCGCCUCAGGAAAUUCUCAGCGUAUUUGACCACAUAGCUGCCCGUUUUGGCUAAGAAACAGUGGCUGCAAUUUUGACGAUACUUCUAAAUGUUACCUUUUUUAAUUCCUUUUCUUAUGGAGGUCAUAGGGGAGUGGGCAGGCUCCGUUAGGGAUUACUCUUAAGGGGGGGGUGGGACAUCCAAUUGUUAAUUGUAAAAUGUUUACUUCACUGUAAAUAUUUUUUUUUUUUGUUGAUGUAAAGCCAAACUGUGGUUAUCUGUUUUUAAAGUAGAACAAUGCAUACUAAUGACAUCCAUUGGGGCUGGGGGCAGAAUUUUAGAUAUUUAAAGUACUAAACUGGGGGAGGGGCUUGUGUUGCAUUGCCAGCUGGGUCAUUUAAUAUUUUGUGUGUGUGUGAGACUGAGUGAAUCCCUGCUAAGAAUACAAUUCCCAUUUUGUAUGCAGAUUUUAAUCCCACUUCUCUGCUAUUUAUGUUAAACUAUUUUUUAUAUGUCUGUCCUCUUAUUCCUGUCAUUUCAUCUUCCUGUAACUUAUUAGAAAUAGUGUUCGUUUGCCUGUCCUUUCUGUUGUCAUGCUUCAACGGUUGUCCUCGUAUAAUACUUUCAAUAUUCCUUCCUGCAAAAAGUACAUACUAAUAGUUUUGAUGUCACCUCCAGCUACCUUAAUGAUGUCAUUCAAAAGAAAACAUAACUGAUGCAAAUUGCAGGGAUGUGUAAAUAGCAGUGUGUGUACUGUGUGUAAUUACCUUUGUACAGGCCACGUGACCCAGUGGCAUCGUGACUGUCGGGUUGGGAUUGGUCUAGGAGAGGAAGAGGCCAGGGGAUUUCACUUUAUGUAUUGUGUACUGAUAUCUUGUACAGUUCUUUAACACACUUUAUUUACAACAGUAUUUGUGUAUAUUUUAUGAAGUAAUAAAAAUGAAUAACGUUGCUCACAA